AUGACGACAACAUCCUCCUCAGAGGGAAGCUCGAGCUCCCAACCCGAAACGAAGACUAGCUCUACAGUACUUGUAAGAGAAAAUGCCACAAAAACGGACGUUCCUUUGGAUACUAUACCUUUUGACGAGCCACCAGAUGGAGGAUGGCUUGCGUGGUCUCAAAUCAUACCAGCCCACAUCGCCAAUAUGAUGUCCUGGGGUUACGGGACGGGUUUCUCAGUCUUCCAGCUCUAUUAUAAACAGACAAUGAAUCUGCCGGCUUCGCAGGUGUCUUGGAUUGGCUCGAUACAGAUAUUCUUAUGUUUCCUCGUCGGGAUGGUAUCUGGACGACUGUCAGACGCAGGAUACCCACGGCACUUGUAUGCUAUUGGAGCUGUAAUGUGCAUAUUCGGCAUGUUCAUGACCAGUUUAGCGAACACGUACUGGCAGAUUUUACUUGCCCAGGGGUUCUGUCAAGGUAUCGGUGCUGGGCUGAUGUUCAUGCCUGCUACUGCAAAUGUCGCUACAUACUUCAAAAAGAAGCGCUCGCUUGCCGUGUCCCUUAACGGAUGCGGAUCGAGUAGUGGCGCUAUCCUAUACCCAGCCAUUGUCCAAUUCUUGACACCAAAGGUUGGUUUUCCCUGGGCAGUUAGGAUAUGCGGAUUCAUAAGCAUUGCUUUGGCUAUCGCUGGAUUCAGCCUCUUGAAGCCGCGGAAACUGCGGAGAGCCCCUGCACCGAUUCUCGACUUAAGUGCUUUCAAGAAUAUCCCAUAUACCUUGUUCACCGUGGGCGCAUUCCUCGUAUAUUUCUCUCUGUUCACCAUGUUAAUAUACAUUAACUCGUUUGCUCGCGAGAGUAUUGGACUAAGCGACCUGGAGUCCAUCAAUUUCGUGCUCAUUAAUAAUGCAGUUGCCAUGCCCGCGCGUCCCUUGUUUGGCUGGAUCGCCGACCGCUAUGUCGGCCCUGUCGAAACUUAUGGCCUGAAUUGCUUUGCCUUAGGGAUCAUGGCGUUUGGUUGGAUAGGUGUCCAUAAGCGGGCAGACAUGUAUGCUUAUUCUGUCGUUAUGGGGUUUGUGAACGGAGCUGCUCAGGGAAUAUUUUCGAGUGCAGCUAGCAGCUUUGUUGAAGAUGUGGGAAAGAUGGGGACAUGGAUCGGGAUGACGUUCGGCCUUUGCGGCUUUGCUACUCUAUCCGGACCUCCUACUAUGGGCGCUAUCAUUGAUGCUAGCGGAGGCAAAUACAUAUGGGGGCAGAUUUGGGCGGGAUCAACAAUUGUUAUUGGAGACAAUCAAUUCUACUUCGAUUCUAAGGAUAAAAUGGCGGGCGUUAUCGCAAAAUUUGUAUCGAAAAAGAUCCUGAAGGAGACAGCAGGGAACCAAUUCGGAGCAGCAGACCCGUACUUCGAACAAGUUCCAGCGACAAGACUUGAUGGCACACCAACAGGGAAGAUUAAGAAAGUUCGCAAAGCCUUACCGCCUGGCCUUUCAGAGCACGAUGCGAUGAUCUUGACCAAGGUGAAGAGAAGAGCAUACCGACUAGAUAUGAGCUUUGGGAGCUUCAUGGGGCUGAAGUUUGGUUGGGGUAGUGUUAUCGGUCUCUUCCCUUUUGCUGGAGAUGUCGUCGAUGCCCUUCUCGCGAUGAUGGUUGUCCGUACUGCCAAGCAGGUUGAAGGAGGGCUUCCGGUUCAUAUAUGGGCCUGGAUGUAUGUGCUGGUACUUAUAGAUCUUAUCGCCGGGUUGGUCCCGUUUGUCGGAGACAUUGCCGAUGCCGUCAUUCUUGCCAACACGCGCAACGCGGUGGCAUUAGAAGAUUAUCUACGAAAUAAAGGCAAGAAGAAUCUUCGCGCUAGUAAAUUACCGGUGCCAGAUGUGGACCCCAGCGAUCCGGCCGAGUUCGAUCGAUUUAAUUCGGAGUCACCUGAGCGCGCGUCGUCUCGAGUUACACGUCAAGGUGAAAGGUCUGGAGGUCAAUUACGAACAGACCAUGUUCCCCAGGAAACUGGUGUCGCAACCGAAUGGGCCCAACCGUCACAACCCGCUCAAGCCAGGGUUCAUAACGAUCGACGAGGAGGCUCGAGCAGAAGUUUCUUUGGAUUAGGUAGCAAGAGAUCUCGUCCAGCUGAUAUCGAGACUGGUAGACGGAACUAA